CUGGAUUUUCCAGAUGAUUUCGACCCAAUAUUUGAAUCGGCCGCACAUACGCACACGGCGAUGCGCCAGGUGUUCCUAAAGCGGAUUGAGGACCAAAUCCUGCGAGCCCCUGAGAUGUCACUGGUCGCGGAGGCCUUCUUCGCACCUGGCCGAGCCCAGCGCUCGCUGGUGGAAUUGCUGGCGGACCGCCGAGGCUUUGGCGUCAGGUACAUCUGGUGCAGCGCCCCCCGCGGCGAGUGCCUGCGGCGCCUGGCCCAGGACACCAAUGAGGCGGCGCUCAGCUCCAGCCACUGCCAGGCUCGUCUGGCCUACCUGCAGUCGGCGCAGGACGUCUACUUCCGGCCCCGCGACCUGGAGGGCGAGGGGCCGCCGCACCUGGUGCCGGGCCGGCCGUGUGCGGGAUGCGGCCAGCAGCCGUACGAGCCCGCCAGCUGCAGCUGCUGCGGCAGUCGCCUCACCGAGGCGCCUGUGUGCGUGUGCUGCGCGCACGCCGGCCGUGGCGGCACCGCAGCCCGCGCCGCCGCCGCCGCCUGCCGCUGCGCCGGCUGUGAGGAGGACCUGGCGGAGGAGGAGGCGGAGGCGGAGGCGGCGGGCGUGGGUGCGGUGGCGGCGACGGCGGGAGGGGCGGCGGCGGUGGUGCAGAGGGUAGCAGUUGCCUAGCUACGGUAGGCACUGAGGCGCACGGCAGGCUGGGGGAAGUGCGUUGCUGGGGGUGUUGAGGUGUGAAGGAUCAGGCAGCGUGUUAGGUAGCGCGAGUUGGCAGGCCGGAGUUGCGGGUAUGGAGGUAGUUGAGAGCGCGAGGCUAUCUCGCUGGAGCUAAUCAGCAUCGGAUAGAUGGGAUGGGUGUACCGCAUUGCGGCCCAAUGCUGCUGCGCUGUGCUGUGCAACAUGCACGCUGACACCAAUAAUGCGGCGAGGGUACUCAAAGAGGCAGGUGCGACGGUGCUGUCAGGAAGUAAGGCGAUGGAGAGGUGUCUCCCCGCACGCUGCGUGCUGCGUGUGAUGUACUGAGACUGUUGUAAUGCGUUGGGCCUUGACACAGACACGAGUAGAACACGUGAGUAAAGCGCUUGACUGCUUGCGUAAAACACGUUGUAAAAGUGCAGAACA